GCUGCGCCUUGAAGGUUUUCCCUCCUAAGUUUUUGCGCCUAGUUCGUGUCAAGUUCAGGGCCAGACUCUGCCUUUCUCCAGCUAUGUUUUCUCUCCGAGGUUGUGGUCUCUGUGUUGCGGCUUCCCUCAGCAAAAAGCACCUUCCGUUGGCCCGGUUCAUCGGCGACAGCGCGGCGCCCGUGGCUACGAACUUUGACGUGGUAGUCAUUGGCGGAGGACAUGCUGGGACCGAGGCGGCCGCCGCUGCUGCUCGGUGCGGCUCCCGGACUCUGCUACUCACCCACCGCGUGGACACGAUCGGUCAGAUGUCCUGUAAUCCUUCCUUUGGUGGCAUUGGCAAGGGGCAUUUAAUGAGGGAAGUUGAUGCCUUGGAUGGCCUGUGUUCUCGAAUCUGUGACCAAUCUGGUGUACAUUACAAAGUAUUAAACCGGCGUAAGGGACCGGCUGUUUGGGGUCUAAGAGCUCAAAUUGAUAGGAAACUCUAUAAGCAGAACAUGCAGAAAGAAAUCCUAAAUACACCGCUGCUUACUGUUCAGGAGGGAGCUGUAGAAGACCUUAUUCUUACAGAACCAGAGCCUGAGCACACUGGGAAAUGCCGUGUCAGUGGUGUGGUUUUAGCGGAUGGAAGCACAGUACAUGCAGAGAGUGUGGUUCUGACUACCGGAACGUUCCUGAGAGGCGUGAUUGUAAUUGGACUGGAGACACAUCCGGCAGGGCGUUUAGGGGAUCAGCCUUCUGUUGGGUUGGCUCAGACUCUGGAGAAGUUGGGGUUUGUGGUGGGAAGAUUGAAGACUGGGACUCCACCCCGAAUUGCCAAAGAGUCGGUUAAUUUCAGCAUUCUAAACAAGCAAACACCAGAUAAUCCAUCCAUACCAUUCAGUUUUAUCAAUGAGACAGUGUGGAUUAAGCCAGAAGAUCAGCUGCCAUGUUACUUGACUCACACCAACCCUAGAGUGGAUGAGAUUGUCCUUGAGAACCUUCACCUUAAUAGUCACAUUAAGGAAACUACAAGAGGACCCAGAUACUGUCCAUCCAUUGAAUCAAAGGUUUUGCGUUUUCCAAACCGUAUACAUCAGGUUUGGCUGGAACCUGAAGGAAUGGAUUCUGACCUCAUCUACCCCCAAGGGUUAUCUGUGACACUACCAGCUGAAUUACAAGAGAAAAUGAUCACAUGCAUCAAAGGCUUGGAGAAAGCUAAAAUGAUUCAGCCAGGCUAUGGUGUUCAGUAUGAUUACUUAGACCCCCGUCAGAUCACUCCUUCUCUUGAGACUCAUUUGGUGCAACGGCUGUUCUUUGCUGGCCAGAUAAAUGGCACUACUGGUUAUGAGGAAGCUGCAGCUCAAGGUGUGAUAGCUGGAAUCAAUGCAAGUCUUCGCGUCAAACGCAAGCCUCCUUUUGUCGUCAGCCGAACAGAAGGCUACAUAGGAGUCUUGAUUGAUGACCUCACCACACUGGGCACCAACGAACCCUACCGCAUGUUUACAAGCCGAGCAGAGUUCCGUCUGUCACUGCGCCCUGAUAAUGCCGACAGCAGGCUCACGUUCCGAGGGUAUAAGGAAGUUGGCUGUGUGUCCCAACAACGAUAUGAAAGAGCUGCUUGGAUGAAGUCUUCUUUGGAAGAAGGCAUUUCUGUGCUAAAAUCCAUUGAGUUUUCAAGUUCUAAAUGGAAAAAAUUAAUUCCAGAGGCUUCUAUAAGUAUUGGUAAAAGUCUGCCUCUCAGAGCUCUAGAUGUUCUGAAGUAUGAAGAAGUUGACAUGAAGUUGUUAGCCAAGGCUAUUCCAGAGCCCUUGAAGAAGUACAUUAAAUGUAGAGAGCUAGCUGAAAGACUGAAAAUAGAAGCCACUUAUGAAUCAGUGUUGUUCUAUCAGCAACAACAAAUAAACGAAGUUCAGCAAGAUGAAGCACUCCAACUGCCAAAAGACCUAGAUUAUUUAACCCUCAGAGAUGUGUCUUUGUCUUAUGAAGUUCGAGAGAAGCUACAUUUCAGUCGCCCAGAAACGAUUGGGGCUGCUAGUCGUAUACCUGGAGUGACACCUGCUGCCAUCAUCAAUCUACUUCGAUUUGUGAAGACCACUCGGCAAAGACAGAUGGCUAUGAAUGCAUUGCCCAAAACUGAUCAGUCCUUAUGUGAUACAGAAAGCCUUGAAGAGAGACAGUUAUAGCUUUAUAUUCAUAGAAGACUUUUAAGUAGUACAAGAGUAUAGAUAGGGUAUAAGUAUUUAUAUUUAGCACCUAUUAAAAUAAUAAAAUAAACUUACUAGGUUAUUACGGAUUUGUCACUAAUUUAUGAAGAGGGCAGAGAUUAUAACCGUGCUUUUUUAUGUAUCUGAAAAAAGUUAUAAAGUUUUCAUUUAUACUCUUU